AUGUUCGAGGGAACUGAUCAAUGAGCCUGAUCUGCCGGAGAGUUUAGAUCGGGCGUAUAUCUCCCCGGAGAGUCGAAUCGGAAAGUAUUUUCCGGCGAGGAUCUCCGAACAAUUGCGCCGGAGAAGAUGAGCAGCCACCGUCGGAGAGGUGCCAAGAGCCCCGGCCGAGUCGACUCGGAGGCGAAGAAGACGUCGGAGACGAAUCGGAGAUUCAAUCGGCGAUUGGUGAAGUACCAAGAGUUGCCGGAGUACCUGAAGGACAACGAGUACAUACUGGACCAUUACCGGAGCGAGUGGCCGCUGAAGCACGCGCUGCUCAGCGUCUUCGCUUGGCACAACGAAACCCUCAACAUCUGGACGCACUUAGGGGGGUUUCUGAUAUUUGCGGGAUUGACGGUGAUGAGCUGGACGGAGAAGGCCGAGCUUGGAGGUCUGUUCAGGGCUCCGGUGCGAGUAGGACCGUUGAUGAACGUCUCGGAGAUUGCAUUCCCGGACUCGCAAUUGAGGCAGAUUUCAGAGUCAUCAGUUUUGGCUUCACGAGAAGAAGACAGUUCUUUUGAGUCUAUUCCCAGAUGGCCUUGGUUUGUUUUCUUAGCCGGAGCCAUGAGCUGCUUGGUUUGUAGCUCCCUUUCCCACCUCCUUGCUUGCCACUCAAAACGCCUCAACCUUUUCUUCUGGCGCCUAGAUUAUGCAGGCAUUUCUGUUAUGAUAGUUUGUUCCUUCUUUGCACCAAUCUACUAUGCCUUCUUGUGCCACCCCUUCACGCGUUUCUUCUAUCUGACCUCCAUAUCUGUGCUGGGUAUCGUCGCCAUUGUUACCCUUCUCUCGCCUGCUCUCUCCGCUCCUCGUUUCCGCUCCUUCAGAGCCUCCCUAUUCCUCGCCAUGGGCUUCUCCGGAGUCAUACCGGCAGCUCAUGCUGUUGCUCUCCACUGGGGCCAUCCGCAUAUCUUUGUUUCCAUGGGAUAUGAAAUUGCUAUGGCAAUCUCGUAUGCUACAGGAGCUGGGAUCUAUGUGAGCAGGAUACCAGAGCGAUGGAAGCCCGGUGCAUUUGAUAUUGCAGGGCACAGCCACCAGAUCUUCCACGUGUUCGUUGUUCUUGGGGCGCUUGCACACUGCGCCGCCACUCUGGUUAUUUUGGAUUUUCGCCGGCGAUCACCAACCUGUGUGUCUUAGCUAGACAUUGACAUUGACAUUGACACUAGCAUUUGCUGAUGCUGAUGUAAUUGUGUCAUCUCAGAAAUGUAUUGAUAUUUGUACUGAGCUCAAGGCAUCGUAAGAGCACUCUUUAGCACCACAGAUUUUGUUUGUUCUGUCAUACCAUUUACUGUAUGGCAAUAGGAUCCAAGAGUGCAAGUGCAAAGAGUUGUUUGUUUCCUAAAUUAUAUGAAUCAUAGAGAAAUUACAUUGAUAUUUAUAGAUGCUUA